UCACUGUGUGAAACGGAUCGGAACACGCGAGAUAAAACAUUUCAUCUCCGUCUGUUUUGAUAGAUUUUGUAGUAUUUUACGUAGGGUUAAAACAUAAAAUUAACGUAGGCCUAUGGUAUUAAUGUUAUAUUGAUACAUGUAGCUCUAAAACGGAUAAAAUGUUGAUUUUGUUUCCUGGCGACCGCGGACUUCUUAGGGGGGACCUGUUGAUUCUACGGUGUAGCCCACCGAAGCAGCAAUGGAGUCAUGUUGCAGGUAUCUGAUGUUGACCAGUGACAGGCACACAUGAACACUCUCAACAAUCUAGUGAAGACCUACAUCCAAGCAAAGAUGGACGCCAUGGAUACACAGCGUGCCUUGGAGGCUGUGGAGAGACUCCAGGCCAAGCUGAAGGACAGAGGAGAGGCUCCUACAGAGGAGAAACUUUCACUACUGAAGACUGUUCUACAGAGCCCUCUGUUCCACCAGAUAUUAACCAUGCAGCAGACACAACUACAGCUGCCAGAG